AUAACAAUAUUAAAUAUUAACGUUUAUGAAAAAUAUCUGAAGAUAUUUAUUUCGACACGGCUGUUUAUUUUUAAUUUCCUGCGCAAUACACCUUUAGUAUCAGUUUUAUGGAGCGUCGCUGCGGCCAACCAAUGACAGAGCAGAGUUCUGUAUUAACGACCAAUCGGAUCUAAGAUCUGACCAUAGCCAUCGUCCCUCCCUCCCCGCACUUUUUUGCGUGGACUUUUGUGUAGUUCAGUCAAAGUUCGUAGUGAGCAUUUGACCAACAAUUGUACUGCGACGCAAGUAGUCAAGCUCCUCUGUGGCGAAUUGGUAGACUCUUCUUCCUGCUUCGUCACUCGCUGCUGCUUCCAUUCUCAGACAUGUCUUUAUAUCUGCUUGGUGCAGGACGUCUGUGGAAGUGCAGGGCUGUUGUGAGAAGAUCCAUGGCUGCACUGCAGCUGCAGCAGUCUCACUGCUCAUCAGUGGCCUCUGGCAAGAUGCAUGUUAACGGAGUGGAUCUGUACUACGAAAAGACAGGCAAAGGGAAACAAGCUGUCCUGCUAUUUCCUGGUGCACUGGGAACCACAAAAACUGAUUUUGGACCGCAGCUCAAGUCCUUGAAUAAGGAACGCUUCACAGUCGUCGGCUGGGAUCCCCGUGGAAACGGAAACUCUCGUCCACCAGAGAGAGACUUUCCCUUGAACUUCUACGAGCGAGAUGCGAAGGAUGCAGUGGAUCUGAUGAAGGCCUUAGGCUUCGGCAGGUUUUCUCUGCUGGGCUGGAGCGAUGGUGGAAUCAGCUCACUCAUCGCUUCUGCAAAAUACCCAGACCUCAUCCACAAAACAGUUGUAUGGGGGGCAAAUGCCUACAUUUCGCAGCAAGACCUCGACUGUUACAAUGCCAUUCGUGAUGUUUCCAAGUGGAGUGCGAAAAUGAGGCAGCCCCUGGAGGAGGUGUAUGGAACUGAAGGCUUUCCUAAGUUAUGGGAGGCCUGGAUAGAUGGUGUCAUACCCUUUGCCAAGAAGCCUAACGGAAGUGUCUGCAUGGAGUUUCUGCCCCUCAUAACUUGUCCAGUCUUCAUCAUUCAUGGAGAGAAAGACCCCGUGGUGCCCACCUUCCAUGCAGAUUAUAUUGCCAAACACAUAAAGGGAUCCAGAUUAUACAUGAUGCCAGAGGGAAAACACAAUCUUCACCUAAGAUACGCUGAAGAAUUCAACAAGAUGGUGGAAGACUUCCUGCACGACUAAUCCAACAAUGAAUAAAACAAACAAAUGUUUAUAUAAAAAAAUUAAAUGAAUCCAGAGAUCAAUUUAAAUAUUCACAAUAAAUGUACAUUUUUGCUUUAUCUCUCCAUAUUUAUAAAUCAUUUUGACCUAUUGAAUGUUGAUUCAAUAUUUAGACAUCUUUUGCCAUUGUUGGGCUGAAAUAUAUUUUAAUUGGAAUAACAAAUAAGUCCUAGAAUAGAUAAAUGUCAGUCAAAAGGCUGUGAUAAGUUGAUGAGAUUAGGCUGCUGUUUGAAUUUUGGAAUGUUUUGCAUUUGUGCCCCCAGCAUGCCUUUGUGGUAUUUGCAUUACGUAAGGUUUGCUUUUGCAAAAUAAAUAAAUAAAUAAAAA